GCAGAGCACACUCGCACAUACAAACGGAAUGCACUACACGUAGAAGCGUGUGUUCGUAAUGUAUUGUUCUAAAAGAAAACAUUGCCGUAUCGCGUACAUUUUCCCCCCUCAUAUCAGGGAAUAAAUAUACCAGAUGCUAGAAGGAUAUGUGGCGCUGCUUUCGAUUUAUAUUACAGUGCUCCGGUGAAGGGUUGGUGUAAUAACCUAUACUAGAAAUAUGCUUUGUUAAGAAUACCAGAAGAGGAGGAAUCCGUUUGUGUUGCUUCAAGAUUUAAUAAGCAUAUGAAUUCACUGGAAUCGUGAAUAACUCGAUGUCAAGAGAAUAUCAGUGGACAUAAAACAAACAUGAAGGUGCUACAAAAGAGCUGAUGUUACAGUGGACCUGGGGACUUUGUCAGCACUCUGGACAUUUCUGUUGUCAGUGGAAAUGGAGUUUCCAGGACAUAGUCAGCAGCUCUUGGCCAGCCUGCGCUCUCAGCGUCUACAAGGUUUCCUUUGUGACUGCACUGUGCAGGUCGGCCCGACUCGUUUCGGAGCCCACCGUGCCGUGUUGGCCUCUUUCUCCCCAUUCUUCCAUAUGUUUUACUCCGAUCAGUCAAUGGGGAGUACCAGCACAAUCAACGGAGGGCCACAAAGAGACACAGUCACUAUUAAUGGAGAUAUCGUGACCCCACAAGCCUUUGGGCUCCUCCUUGACUUUAUGUACGAAGGGGUUCUGCGGUUAGCAGCCCACCCCCCUCCAGAGGACGUGCUCGCCGCAGCCAGCUUCCUACAUAUGAAUGACGUGGUGCGAGUUUGUAAGAGAAGACUGCAGGGUCGAGGAUUGGCUGAGGCGGAUAGUACAAGAGUAGAAGUUGGAGCAAACGAGUCAGCUAAACCUGGAGAACUUGAUGGCUCGAGUGGAGAAGACGCACCUGGUGCAGGAACAGAAAGAGAUGGAGCAGUAAGACAUUGUCUACAGUCAAGCCAACAGAUGUCACUUUAUAUUGAUACCAAGACUGAAACACAAGCAGGGAUGGCUAAUCUCCUCAUGCACAGUGCGGAGAGUUCAGAAAUGGCGGACACGACCCAACCAGGAAUGGACUCGCAACCAGCCAUUAGUAAUUCUUGUUCGGGUCCGUCCACAUAUCGUUCUUCACCUAGACCUGACAAAACAAGAACAUCUGCAGCGGCACGGUCUGCUAGCCUUGAGUCGGCACUUUCAAGUCCAUGUAGUACGACAGAACUAAUUCAGACAGAGACACAACCUGUUGUAGCCACUGCCGUGGCUCUGAGCAGUGUGGACAACACUAGUGCUGCUCAAGAACAUGAAUCUAGAGUUUUUAUGCAGGCUCCAACACUAAAACCCCAGUUCCAGAAUAAAAGUGCUGGAAAUCCAGGGUCUUCACAACACAUUCAGAGCCAGAAUGAAAGGAGGCAUGAGAACACUUUGCCCAAUGCAAGAAACAUGCAAAGCAAGCGUAAAAAAACUAUUUCGCAAACAUCAAGGGAAGAAAAUAAAGAUCGCUUUAAAGUGAAAUUGGAGGCCAUUGUGAUUUCUGAUGAAGAGUCUGAUGAUGUAGAUGAGACCGUGGUCAUGGAUGACGGCCCAAGUAGAAAUGCAGAUUUAGAUCAUGGGGAUGAUUUUGAUGACUGUAAUCAUGAUGUCGAGGAGCUGACUGAUACUCAGUUUAUUCCUGCACACUCAUUAAUUCAUCUUCCACAUCAAGAACCCCUUUCUUUCCCUUCCUCACCGCAGGGUCCUAAUACUUCUACAGCAGACACCGGCAGCUUUUCAUCAUCUCUUUUCCAAGCCAAUUCCCAGCCGGAGCAGCAGGCCAUGUACCUUGAGGAUUUUCACGACUCGCUUGGGAGUUACGUAGAGGACGUGCCUACUUGUAACACUUGCGGAAAGACGUUUUCCUGUGCUUACACGCUGAGGAGACACGCCAUUGUGCACACUAGGGAGCGGCCUUAUGAGUGCACCUACUGUUACCGCAGUUACACGCAGUCUGGAGACUUGUACAGGCACAUCAGAAAGGCACAUGAUCACGGCUUACCAGUCAAACGCAGCAGAGUCGAGUCAGACCCCCCACCAUCACCACCCCCUCCUCCUCAUCCUCCCCAGACAUAGCCAUCAUCUGUGGCUCAAUCCUUUUAAUAGGUCCUUCAGAAACCUGUAUGAAAUACUGCUGAAGGCUUUUGAAAAUCAUGAAUGGCCACAUCUAUACUUGUGUGGCAAAUGCUUUGAAAGGGAAUCUUGACACAUGUGACUGCUGCCAUGCCAUUUACAAACAAACAAUGUAACUGAAAAAAUUUUUUUUGGUGGUUAUUCAAAAUUGUUUGAGAUUUGUACUGUUACACAAACUGGUUUUAAAAUUAACUGCUAAAGUAUAUUGUUUUUAUAUAAAGAUAAGCAAUGGAAGUAAAUCUGAAUUGACUAAGAGUGGUUCCAGCAUACAGGCCUAGUAUACUGAAACAGCCUUUUAAUAGGUAAUCACCAUUCAUGGUGGUGUUUUGCAGUUUAAAAUGCCAUAUUUAUGUCUCUUAUGGAAUACUGUAGGUGUUAUACCAAGAAAUGAGCUUUCUUAGAGCAGAUAAAUGACUACAUCACUACGAGGAAGAGUUUCGCUGUGUGUGUUUUGUGCAGUUUUGUGAGUCUAAAAGAUGGCAAGACUUUAAAAUAGGUGCUAUGAAUUGCUUUUGAGAACGGUGCAUUUAUUUGUUGUAAAAUGUUUAGAGAAAUUAAACACUACUUUCCAAAAGUUUGGGGUCAGUAAGAUUUUUUUUAUUUUUUUUUAUUAAAUUACUAUUUUUAUUCAGCAAGGACACAAUACAUUAAUUAAAAGUAAAGACACUUAUAAUUUAACUAAGAUUUCUAUGUCAAAUAAAUGCUUUCUAUUCUUCAAAGAAUUCUGAAGAACGCAUCAUGGUUUCAAUAAUAUUAGAGAGCACAGCUGUUAUCAACAUUCAUGAUAAUAGUUUCUUGAGUAAAUCAGCAUAUUAAAGAUAUUUUAACAUGCUGAUAUUAGAAUGAUUUCUGAAGAAACGUGUGAAACUGAAGGCUGAUUUUAAUAUAUAUUUAAAUAAACAUUUAUUUUACAUUUAAAUACUAAUUCACAAUAUUUCUGUUUUACUGUAUUUUUGAUCAAAUAAAUG